CCCUUGCACGGCUGGUGAUGUCGUUUCAGAACCUGUCCGGCCUGUCGCUGGUGACGCUGGAGGUGGCGGGCGUGGCCUGGGUGUACGGGCUGCGCCGCCUCUCUGCCGACAUACACUUCAUGCUGGGCCGCUCCACGGGGGUGCUGUGGAAGGCGAGCUGGCUGCUAGUCAUCCCGCUGUUCCUCGCCGGCGUCCUCGUGUACAGCCAGACGCAGGCCACCGUGCUCUCCUACGGCGACUACGUCUUCGGCACCACGGAAACGGCGGUGGGCGUGGUGAUGUCCGUGGCGCCGGUGCUGCUGGUGCCCGUGCUGUUCCUGGUGGAGGUGGUCCGCAGGUACAGGGCGUCGGGGCAGCUGAUGCACGCCCUCACCAACGCCUUCGUCGCCUCCGACAAGUGGGGGCCGAGGGACGCGAAGAUCAGGCAGGAAUACGACAUCUACCUGGAAGACCAGCUGGGGGCGAGGCGCUGACCGUGACCCUGGAGACCAUCGGCUGCAGGUCGGCCGCCAAACACAUGUAUAGGCCUUGUAUAGUCUGACUCAGGUCGUAUUCUUAAGCAUUUCAGCCCCCAGGCACACUCAUUUGUCACGGUUUUCAUAGGAGUUGUGGGCAUUUCAAGGGGUAGCGUUAUUAUGGCCCUGGUGGUAGUCUGACUCUUCCUCUGUGCCGUGAACCUAAAAUACCACUCAUGAGAACCCGACUGACUGCCUUUUUGGCCCUCGAAAAUAGUUGAUGUGAGAGUCUGAAGCGUCAGAGAAUACGGACCUCAAAUAUGAAGUUUGUUUGGGUGGGGUACCGCGCCUCCCCCCUGGGUUGCCACAUCACCCCCAAUACGUCACUCACUCAUGUCAGAUAUUCACUAUUAAAAGUUGUGUGCUAAAUAUUCUGUAUAUAUUAAGUAAGGCAAUAUAGUGCUCUGAAUGUGUUGCUUUGCAGGAUAACAGCAAUAAACUGUAGAAAUUCCUUAACACAUGACAACGCUGCUCUUCCGAUGUUGCCAGUUUACAGUGCUCAACAACACCAUCGGUUAUAUUCCAUAAACAUUUCCGCGGCCAAACACACAUAUUUGACAAGGCUUUCUUAGGACCUCUGGACAUUUUCAAGGGUAGUUUUAUGACCCUGAUGGCAGUGUGACCCUUCUUCUGUACCGUGAACCUAAAAAAAAACACACUCAUGAGAACCCGACUGAUCUCCUCUUCGGCCUUUGGAAAUAGUUGAUGUGAGGGAUGGAAGCGUUGGCAACACCGACCUGUGUUCCCACCUUCAGGUUUGGCAGAGCUGUGGCGAGGAUAUACCCGCGCGCCCCUCCCCCCAAACGAACUUCAUAGCUGAGUUAGACUUCAGUAUUUUUGCACCAAUGAGUCUUUUUGUAUGUCUCGUAUUCUAUUGCAUUCUAACGUAGAUUUCCCUGUAAUUUCUGUAUACAUUUGACACCUACUUUUGCAGCAAUGAAUCUUUGUAUGUCUCGUAUCUUAUUACAUUCUAACGUAGAUUUCCCUGUAAUUUCUGUAUAUAUUUGACACCUACUUUUUGCACCGUUGAGUUAGCUUUAUAUGUCUCGUAUAUCAUUACAUUCUAUCAUCGAUUUCCUGUAAUUUCUGCAUAGACUUGACAACUAUUUUUGCACGAUUGAGUCAAAUUUAUGUCGCAUUUUAUUAUAUUCUAACAUCGAUAUUCCGUAGUUUCUGUAUUUAUUUGACCUCUGUUUGGUAAAGCAUUCCAAUGUG